AAAUAAAAACAACAAACAAACCAUCCUUAUUACCCCCAAAUUUCCCAUUUUCUCUCCAAUUUUCCCUCGAACCAAACAGCCCCAAACCACCAUGAUCUCCGCGGCAAAAUCAUUGAUCCAAACCCUCAAACGCUACAUGAAGGCGCCAUGGGACAUCACCGGCCCACAAGCCCACCCGGAGUACAGGACCUCCGUCCCCGGCGCCACCGAGUACCGUGUCUUCUGCCCCGCCACUGUCCCCGCCAAAGCCAUCGUCCCCAGCUCCGACCCUGAAACCGUCUACGACAUCAAGUACUACACUCGCGACCAGCGUCGCAACCGCCCGCCGAUCCGCCGAACGAUCUUGAAGAAGGCCGACGUGGAGAAGAUGAUGAAGGAGCAGACCUUCGACGUCAAUGAUUUUCCUAGGGUUUAUUUGACCGCGGCGGUUGAAGAGGACUUGGAUGCCAUAGGCGGAGGGUACACGAAGUAAAGGCUUAUGGGCUGCACGGGGAGGACUUGCUUGGUCAACCAAUAAAUCUAGUGGAUGGAAUUUCAAAUAUGUCAAACAAUUGCCAUGCAACUGGGGUCGCUUGUUCCUGGUAGUUAUUUCUGUAUGAAUGCCUGCGGUGAUUCUUUUCUUUGUUGUCUCUGUUUAUCAACAUGUUCAGACAGAAUUAAUUGCAACAACUUGUUUAUUGAAACUAAACGUUUCCCAUUAAAUGUUUUGCUUGAAAAAUAAUAAUGGCCUUUUGUUGUA